UCUCUCUUCUUUCACUAACAUAACAAGGCCCAGGCCACCGAGAAAUGGCGAAACUCCCCUCGGACGGAGAAUCUGCAUCUCCUCCUCCAAGCAAGCAGCAGAUGCAGGCACUGGUUUCUACUACAGCGACUUUCUUGCAGACGCUGGGGCUCGAUGAGGACAUUCCUGAAGAUACCAACAAGAAGGGUGCAUACGAUAAAAUGAUGGUCCGAGGUCUACUGAAGGUGGAUCGUAUCGAACGCGGCCGAAUUACCUGUGUUUUCACUGUCAAGCCCUCACUCACGAACCCAUACAAUACGCUGCACGGAGGGGUAGUGGCAGCUUUAACAGAAGCUAUGGGGUUGGCAUGCGCGGGAAGCGUUGCUGGUGACAAGGACUUCUUUCUGGGAGAACUGGCCAUGUCCUAUCUGUCCGCGGCCCGAGUAAACGAGGAAGUAGAAGUGGACGGAUGCAUCGUAAGGCAUGGAAGAAAAGUGAUUGUAACAUCCAUAGAAUUUAGGAUGAAACAGAGCAGGAAGCUGGUGUAUGGAGGCCGUGCUACCUUCUACAUGAUGCCUGUGGCCAACCUGUGAAAACCACAUUGUGCAAGUUUGUAGCUUAUCUCGUUCAUUGGAAUAAAUCAAAACCAUCAUUGGCGUUCCAAAAGACUCGAUUCAAAACACGGCUGAGUCAACUCGACUCGGUAAGAUUCCAACUGAGACACCCAGUACUGGGAAUGACUCGGCUCUGGACACUGAGCCUUGAAUCGAGUCACCCACCUUAUGAGAGUGAGAUUUGAAACCCAUCUUAACCAUGCACCAUCAAUUUCAAGCCCUGAAAUCCGAUUACUGAGUUAGCACCCUUAGACCUAAUUCUUAGACCUGAAAUUGGAGUUGCAACUCGUACACUGUGUACAUAAUUUCAUCAAUUGAAUGGUUUAUUCAGGAGCAAAUAUUAUAUCCAUUCUUAGUUCCAUUCAAAUUCAAUUAUCAUCAUCCAUAUA